UAUACAAAGCAUAUAUAACAUUGUUUCUAUAAAUAUGGUGUAGAUUUCUGUGAAAUAUUUGUUCUAAUCUGAUAUUAAUAGCAACACUUUUGCACUUCACUGACUGGAGUGCCAAGAAGAUGAGAUUGUGUGCCAAGUAAACUUGGAUACAAGUGUUACUAGAGAAAGAAACCAGUGGAAAUAUUUGUAAGAUUAAACAAUAGGAAGAAAAACAAGAAAAGUAUAUUUACAUUGUGAUUUGAGAGAAAUAAUAAUGGAAAAGAGUGAGAAGCUUAAAGAAUUGAUUUCCCAUUAAGACAUGAUAGAAGGGAGAGGAAAGUUAUCAUAUGACUGUGAUGUCUGUGGUAAAUCAUUCUCUCAAAAUAUUUACUUAAAUGAACACAAACAUAUUCAAACACAAGAAAAACCAUUUCACUGUGAUAUUUGUGGUAAAUCAUUUGUUGAAUGUCAAAAAUUAACUUUACAUAAACGUAUUCACUCAGAAGAGAAGCGAUAUCAUUGUGAUAUCUGUGGCAAAUCAUUCUUUGAAAAUAGUGCUUUAACGAAACACAGACGUAUUCAUACAGGAGAGAAACGAUAUCAUUGUGAUAUCUGUGGCAAAUCUUUCACUGAAAAUACCAGCUUAACUACACACAAACGUAUUCAUACAGGAGAGAGACCAUUUCACUGUAAUAUCUGUGGUAAAACAUUCUCUAACAGUAGUCACUUAAUUGUACAUAAACGUAUUCAUACAGGCGAGAAGCCAUAUCACUGUGAUAUCUGUGGCAAAUCAUUCACUGAAAAUUGCAGCUUAACUACACACAUACAUAUCCAUACAGGAGAAAAACCGUAUCAUUGUGAUAUCUGUGGCAAAUCAUUUACUGUGAGCUUUGCUUUAACUUCACACAAACGUCUUCAUUCAGGAGACAAGCCAUAUCAUUGUGACAUCUGUGACAAAUCAUUCACUCUCCGCAGAUCUUUAACUGAACACAAACGUCUUCAUUCAGGAGAGAGACCAUAUCAUUGUGAUGUCUGUGGUAAAUCCUUCAAUAAGAGUAAUACUUUAACUAAACAUGAACGUAUUCACACAGGCGAAAAACCAUAUCACUGUGAUAUCUGUGGUAAAUCAUUCUCUCAAAAUAGUGACUUAACUAAACACAGACGUCUUCAUUCAGGAGAAAGACCAUAUCACUGUGAUAUCUGUGGUAAAUCAUUCUCUCAAAGUUAUAGUGUAACUUCACACAAACGUACUCAUACAGGAGAGAAGCCAUAUUAUUGUAAUGUUUGUGGUAAAUCAUUCACUAAAUGUAGUAAUUUAACUGCACACAAAUGUAUUCAGAGAGAAGAGAAAGGAAAAGACUAAUUUCUAAUUGUUUCUUCUGUUGACUUCUUUUUCUUAAUAUUUCUGUUUUUCAUGUAAUGGAAAUUACAAUUCUGAAAAUAAAGAAUUU